AUGAGCGAAGAGCCAAACUCACCCAGAAAUGGAAGCAACCCUGAGUCGCCGGUUUCGCCUCAGCUCAUGAAAAUCAAGACAGAAUCGCUUAUCACUGACAACUACAACUCUGAUUUAGACGACAACAUCGGGAUCAUGAGAAAACUAUCAAAAGAGAAGAACCUUCUUAACGGAGCCGAUCAGGGUGAGAGUCGUCCCAUGUCACCACUCCUCUUGGACGACGAAACGGAAGUCAUUGAGGUGAAAACAAAAACUCUUCUCAAGGGCGCUCGAUCGUCCUCUUCGCUUUGCAGCAACAACUCAGCAAAACAAUCCCCAAGACCUGGAUCUGAGCUUGCAAGAACAUCAAUUGCUGAAUAA